AUGGCAAGAACGAAGCAAACCGCAAGAAAAUCAACGGGAGGAAAAGCCCCAAGGAAGCAGCUGGCCACGAAGGCAGCAAGGAAGAGCACCGCCUCAGGGGCAGUUGCUGCUAAAAGGCCGCACCGUUUCAAGGCCGGAACAGUCGCCCUCCGGGAGAUCCGAAAGUACCAGAAAACCACAGACCUUCUCAUCCGAAAGCUGCCCUUCCAGAGACUCGUCCGGGAGGUUGCAAGCGAGCACAAGGCAGACGUCAGAUUCCAGUCUUCCUCCAUUCUUGCAAUCCAGGAGAGUCUCGAGAACUACCUCACAGGCCUGUUCGAGGACAGCAACAGAUGCGCAAUACAUGCAAAGAGAGUCACUCUUAUGGCUAGAGACUUGCACUUAGUAAAUAAGAUAAAAUCAACUAUCAUUGCAUAA